UUAUUAUUUAUGAUUUGGCUUAUGGAAGUAUAAUGCUACAAUAGUUUUAAGUCAUUGAAGCGCUCCCACGUAUAUUCAUUGAAUAUAGGUUUAAGGAUAAGAUAAUGCGAUCUAUUCUAUUAAGCCAUUGUAGAUAAGCGAUGAGCGAUCGAGAAAGUCGAAACAUACUUUUGCUUGCUAAUGCUUCGUUAGUUUUCGCGCAAGUUGGAACUGCAGUUUAAUUUUUCAAAGCAAAAUGUGUUCAUCGUUAAUCGCAUCAUGAUCAAAAUUUAAAUAAAUGAAGAUGCUAAGAAUAGCAAUAAAAGUAUCGUCGGGAAACAUGCUAUAGAAGUUACUGAGUCGGCGUCUACCACGCCGAGGCAUAACCAAUAACAAGCAGUUGCAUCCAUCGCUUUCGACUACAGGGCGGAGUCCAUAAUCAAACGCAAUGGCACCGAUAGAUCCAGCCAUUCAAAUGAACACCUAUCGAUCGCACGUCACCUUGCUGGCUGAUCCGAACGCCAAGGACGAGACGAAGCUCAAAGCGGCACAGGAGAUGUCGGAAAAUUUCGAGGUCAUCCUUAGUUCGCCUCAAUAUCCGAGCUUCCUCGAUCACAUGAUGAAGAAUUUCCUGAAGAUACUGCAAGAAGGCGAGCCGCUGUUCAUCUCCGAGUACAACAUCCAACUAGUCAGGAAACUGAUUCUCGAGAUGAUCCACAGGCUACCAACCAAUGAUCACUUGAGGCCUUACGUCAAGCAGAUACUCAGCUUGAUGCUCAAAUUGCUUGAGACGGAGAACGAGGAGAAUAUUUUGGUAUGCUUGAGGAUUAUCAUCGAGCUUCAUAAGCAGUAUCGGCCGACUUUCAAUCCGGAGAUUCAAAACUUUCUACAAUUCGUCAAAUCAAUAUACAGUGAACUGCCCAAGAAUUUGCCAAAGAUCUUUGAGCCUCGGCCAGCGAUCAGGGUCAAAGACUUGUCGGACAUAAAUGUCGAAGCAUUGUUAAAAGAGACCUUCACUGUCACGCCGAUUCAAAUUGAUAAACAGAUUGAUGGCUCUGAACUUACAUACAAUCUCAUUCCGAAAGCUGUGCUGUCGUUGAAGGUUCUGCAAGAGUUGCCGAUAAUCGUGGUGCUUAUGUAUCAGAUUUACAAGCAAAACGUGCACCAAGAUGUUGCGGACUUCAUACCGCUGAUUAUGACAACAAUAACACUCCAACCAAGUCCGCAACAACGCGCCUCUCCAGGUUUCAAUAAGGAGGUCUUCGUUGACUUUAUGGGUGCACAAAUCAAGACUUUGUCGUUCCUCGCCUACAUCAUCCGCAUUUACAUGGAUGUCGUGGCGCAGCACAAUAGUAUGAUGGUCAAAGGUAUGCUGGGACUAUUGACGCUGUGUCCAAUGGAGGUAGCCAAUCUAAGGAAAGAAUUACUCAUUGCCGCAAGGCAUAUUUUGGCCACCGAACUGAGGACCAAAUUCGUGCCACAUAUGGAAAGAUUGUUUGACGAAGAAGUGCUACUGGGACAUGGUUGGACGACUUACGAAUCGUUGAGACCGUUGGCUUACUCCACUCUGGCCGAUCUGGUACAUCACGUUAGACAGCUAUUGCCUUUGGUCGAUCUAGCUAGAGCUGUGCAUUUAUUCAGCAAAAAUGUUCACGAUCAAAGUCUACCUACUUCUAUUCAAACAAUGUCUUGUAAGUUACUGUUGAAUCUAGUCGAGUGUAUUCGACAACGUUCCGACGCGGACAAUAGCAACCAAGGUCGCGAGCUUCUCAUGCGUAUGCUCGAAGUUUUCGUGCUCAAAUUCAAGACUAUCACAAAAUUGCAGAUGCCUAUUCUAUUGAAUAAGGCAAAACUACUUCCCGCUGUAACAGCCACUGAGCAGAAGCCGGCUAACGCUGAAGACACGAAGUCCAACAUUGUUGACAUGCAAGAAGACAAUAGUAAAGAACCCAUAAAGUCGAAAUUUGGAUUUCCUUCACAACAAAGUCAGAAUUGUAAUGUCGUUGACUAUAGAAGUCUCGUUAAGACACUUGUUUGUGGUGUGAAGACGAUUACAUGGGGUUGCGCCAACUGUAAAACCGGUGACGUCCAGUCUAAACAGUUUCAGCCCAAGGAAACACUUGUCUUUAUACGUCUUGUCAAAUGGGCAUUGCAAGCCUUAGAUAUUUAUACAAUAGGUCCGCCGGCGAUAGGUGCACUAUCUCAACCAGGCAGACCAGUACAACCACAAACAGUGAGAAGUAAAGAAGAAAAAGAAGUACUCGAGCACUUCAGUGGCGUUUUUUCAAUGAUGAAUCCUCAAACCUUUCAAGAGAUAUUUUCCACUACAAUUGACUAUAUGGUUGAAAGAAUUUUCAAGAAUGCUGCACUGCAGAUUGUCGGUAACUCGUUUUUGGCUAACCCGACAACUUCGCCGAUUUUCGCGACGGUUCUUGUUGAAUAUCUCCUAGAAAGAAUGGAUGACAUGGGUUCAAAUGUCGACCGGAGUAAUCUUUACUUGAGGUUGUUCAAGUUGGUGUUUGGUAGUGUUUCUCUAUUUCCGGCAGAAAAUGAACAUAUGUUACGUCCACAUCUCCAUCAAAUAGUCAACAGAUCAAUGGAGUUAGCUAUGUCGGCAAAAGAACCGUACAACUAUUUUUUGUUAUUGAGAGCGUUAUUUAGAUCGAUCGGUGGAGGUUCGCACGACCUAUUGUACCAAGAGUUCCUGCCACUUUUACCUAAUCUCUUGGAAGGUUUAAAUAGAUUACAAUCUGGGCUACACAAGCAACACAUGAAAGAUUUAUUCGUAGAACUUUGUCUAACUGUACCAGUUAGAUUGAGCUCUUUGCUUCCAUAUCUCCCUAUGCUGAUGGAUCCACUGGUAUCAGCAUUAAAUGGUAGCCAUACAUUGGUUAGCCAAGGUUUAAGAACACUGGAGCUGUGCGUUGACAAUUUGCAGCCGGAUUUCUUAUAUGAACAUAUACAGCCCGUCAGAGCAGAUUUAAUGCAGGCACUUUGGAGAACGCUACGCAAUCCUACAGAUCAGGUUGCUCACGUAGCAUUCCGGGUUCUCGGGAAGUUCGGUGGUGGAAAUCGUAAAAUGAUGAUCGAACCACAAAAAUUAGAGUACAACGAUCGCGAAACCAGUUCACCAGCGAUCGUAGCGUUCUUCCAAGAGCCAACAAAAGGUAUAGAUGUCCCUGUAGAAAGGGUCAUCGAUACAGCCUUCUGUGCUCUUAAAUCAAACACCACAGAUCCUUUUUACCGCAAGCAAUGUUGGGAAGUCAUUCAUUGCUAUCUCGCCGCCUCUCUUCGGCUAGACGAUGACAAAGCCACUCUGUACAAAUUCUUUUCUCAUCCGUCGUUCAAGGAAGGCACGAUUCCUCAUCAACAAGGGCCUCAUCCCAAAUGUCUCGACAGCGUAGCACGAAAUGUUCAACAGACCGCACUUACGGGCUUGUUCGUGGCAGCUGCAAUCAAGGAACUUCGACAGUCUGUUCUUGGAACGAUGUUCAGUAUCGUCCGUCAUUACACGAUGGUAGCAAUCGCUGAGCAAGCUGGUCCGUUCUGUCUUACAAAUAGGCCAAAUCGCCCUCAAGGCCAAGAUCCUUUAGUUCUUAUCGAUGCACUGACCGUAAUCAUGGGCCACGAGGAGAAAGAACUUUGUAAACCAGGUAACCUUGCUCUCGUGCUCAUUCUCGAAACAUCCACCAAUAUUCUCGGCUCCAAGGAGCGAGCAUGUCAGCUACCUCUGAUGGAAUAUCUUGCCGAGAGGAUGUGCUCGUUGUGUUACGAGCGUGCGUGGUAUUCCAAGCUUGGUGGAUGCAUGGCCAUCAAGUUUUUGUUCGAGCGCAUGUCCACGAAGUGGGUAUUGAACCAUAUGUUCGUAUUCCUUAGAGCUUUAAUUUUUGUGAUGAUGGACUUGACGGGCGAGGUAUCGAAUGGUGCCAUAGACAUGGCCAAGACAAAUCUCGAGAAAAUGCUUCGAGUUUGCGUGAACCCGGGAAUCCAAGAGCCAGGCAAUGUCGAUUUAAUAGAGGCACAAAAUAAAGCCUUGCAUGAUGUCACUCAUGAAUUAGUUAGACAGGUAACGUCUCCGCAUACCAUUGUCAGAGAAGAAGCUAUGUCAUCGUUAAGACUACUAGCCGAGAUGCAAAAUAAGUCUCUGACCGAAGUAAUGGAACCUCAUAAGGAGGUAUUAGCAGACAUGAUUCCACCUAAGAAACAUUUAUUGAGACAUCAGCCUGCUAAUGCGCAAAUAGGAUUGAUGGACGGCAACACAUUUUGCACGACUUUGAAUCCUCGAUUGUUCACUAUCGACCUCAAGAUUGUCGAGCACAAAGUUUUCUUCGAGGAGCUUUUGAUGUUGAACGAAGCUGAGGAUAUUACUCUGAACCGUCUUCCGUGUUAUAAAUCUGUGUCUAAUCUCAUACCUAUCCGAAAAUCUGCGUUGAGAGCUCUGGCUGCAUGUCACUAUAUGAUCGACAAACGCCAAAUUAUUUUCGAAAAGUUGUACGCUGCUCUCGAAAAGCCUAACACGGAAUUACAAGAGACUGCCUUUGAGUGCAUGCAAAAGUUCAUAGCCGGAUUCCCUAUUGACAUGGAGGCCGUACAUGCGAUUAUGCGGCCGUUGCUUUUAAAUUUAGGAGAUCAUCGAUCUCUAAGCCUUAAUCACGUCAAACGUUUGUCCUAUUUGACACAAUUGUUCCCAGGGACAUUCAGUAUAACUCUGUGUGAACAGUUGCUACAACAUCUGAAAAAGCUGUUAGAGAAUCAAAUCAAUGCACACAAAGGAGUUUCAAAGACAGGAGAAAAUGAGCAAAAGAUUGCUACGAUCAUUGGAAUAUUCCAUCAGAUUCCAGCAGCUACGCCUAAGUUCAUUGAUGUAUUGUGCCGACUGGUUUUACAAACGGAAAAAGCCUUGCUUGUUGAAGCAUCCAGUCCAUUCAGAAUACCGUUAAUGAAAUUUUUGUUAAGAUAUCCAACCGAGACUUUGAAUUUAUUCUUAAAUGACAAUAACGUGAAGGAACAACAGUGGAGUCGGUACCUCGAGUACUUAAUAAAACACAAAGAAGGCAAGCCCUUCAGAGAUGUUUUACAAAAGAGUACUGCACGCAUAAUCACAAUGCUGCUAGCUCACUCGCAAAUCAACUCGGCACUAAGCCAUAAUGAAAAGAGUGAGUUGCAGCAUCAAGCUAUCAGGAUAGUCUCAGUAUUGAUCAAAUUCGAUGAUCAGUGGUUGUCCAGCCAAACUCAACUUGUGACGGCGCUUCGGCAAAUUUGGUGCAAUGACGAUUAUCAUAUGCUUCAUAAGAAAGUCGACAGCAUUGACUUCUGCCACUGGAAGGAACCGAAACUCAUAGUGAAGAUUCUGUUGCACUACUUCUGUCAUCACCCUAAUGAUAUUGAUUUGCUGUUCCAAUUGCUAAGAGCAACUUGUGGCAGAUACGUCCCCGACUUUCAAUUCUUAAGAGAUUUUUUGGAGCAUACAGUCGCACAAGAGUACACAGUUGAGUGGAAGAGAAACGCGUUCUACAGAUUUGUUGAGCACUUUCCAACAAAUAUGACACCAGAACUCAAAGCUAAAAUAGUUCAACUUAUUCUUAUUCCGUGUUUAGCUGUGAGUUUUGAGAAAGGCGAAGACAUAAAGUUAAUUGGUAUUCCUUUACCACAUCAAGACAGUCCGGACAAUAUUGUGUCUGUUUUUAUUACCAAAAUCAUCGAUCCAAAAAAUCCACUAACAUCGAUCGAUUGCGUGAGAAUCGCUCUGUUGCAAUGCUCGUGUCUGUUCGUGGAAAUGGCACCUCAAUACAUUCACGACAGUUUGAACAAACGGCAAAGCAGUAAACUACGGAGCCUCAUGACGUUUGCUUGGCCUUGCUUACUGGGGAAAAAUUGCGUUGACCCCGUUACUAGAUAUCACGGUCAUCUUUUGCUAAGUCAUGUCAUUGCUAAGUUUGCGAUCCACAAAAAAAUAGUUUUGCAGGUAUUCCAUAGUUUAUUAAAAGCUCAUGCAGUCGAAGCGCGUAACGUUGUACGUCAAGCACUAGAAAUAAUAACACCUGCUAUGCCUGUGCGUAUGGAAGAUGGGUUCAAGAUGCUCACUCAUUGGACGAAGAAAAUUAUUGUGGAGGAAGGUCACUCAAUGCAACAACUAUUUCACAUCCUCCAACUAGUAGUCCGACACUACAAAGUCUACUAUCCAGUGCGUCAUCAUCUUCUUAACCAUAUGGUCAAUUCAAUCCAACGACUCGGUUUUAGUCCCACCGCGACGAUCGAUCAUCGUCGACUCGCGGUCGAACUGGCAGAGGUUAUCAUUAAGUGGGAGCUGCAGCGUAUCAAAGAUGAGUCCGAAAACACAGAUCCGAUCACCACGGCUUUAGCAAGUAGUGGUUUGAAACGCCCCAGCGGGGAUGAACCCGAGGCUAAACGUCUGGCUAGUCAGGCUGGACUUGCUCAGGGAGCUGCUGCCACAUCAGUAGCUUCUUCAGGUGCGCCUAUAAUACCCAAGUUAGAACCAGGAGCGACCAAGCCUAUUGAACGUGCACACGCUGAUGCGAUACUUAACUUCUUACUGAGACUUGCUUGCCAAGUGAACGAUGCCACAACUACUCAGGGUAAUCCUGGAGAACAACUGUCGAGGAGAUGCGUGGCUUUGUUGAAAAUGGCGUUGAAACCUGACGUGUGGCCGCAAUCGUGUGAUUUGAAGCUUGGAUGGUUGGACAAGGUGUUCGCUAGCGUGGAAACAACCCAGCCAAAUUUCGGAAAUAUUUGCACUGCUUUGGAACUCCUUACCUUUUUGCUAACCGUCAUGAAGAAAGAGCAGAUUCUUUUGAGCUUCAAACCUCUGCAACGUGGCUUGGGAGCUUGCAUUGCAAACACCAAUACUAAAGUUAUCAGACUUGUGCAUGGCCUAUUAUCUCGACUCAUGACAAUUUUCCCAACUGAACCAACAAACUCGACAAUUUCUUCGAAGCACGAUGAACUGGAAAUGCUAUAUGCAACGGUUGGCAAAUUCAUCACCGAUGGUCUAAGUCUUUAUGAAAAAACCGCUACCGCUCAACCGAGCUCUUUGUUCGGUACUUUAAUGAUGCUGAAAGCUGCUUGUACCAACAAUCAGAGCUACAUCGACCGCAUGAUUUCAUCGUUCAUGCGCGUACUGCUUCGUAUGGCUAAAGACCAUUUGCAUCCAACGCAAGCGGAGAACAAUCAAGUUGGCAGUGAACUGUUGAUAAUGAGUCUAGAUCUAGUUAAGAACAGAGUCGCCGUAAUGGGUGUCGAAAUGAGGAAAUCGUUCAUCGGGUCAAUUUUAGUGGGACUGAUAGAGAAAACGCAAGACAUCAAGGUGAUGAAAGCAAUAACGAAGAUGCUCGAGGAGUGGAUGAAGAAUAAAAAUCCUGUGUUGGCGAAUCAAGCGCCAAGCAUGAGAGAAAAAACAAUUCUGAUGGUGAAGAUGAUGCAAUACGUGGAGAAGCGUUUCCCUGAUGAUCUAGAGUUGAAUGGACAGUUUCUCGAGCUUGUCAACUAUAUUUACAGAGAUGAAACGCUUAAAUCGACGGAAUUGACUGCGAAACUCGAGUCGGCAUUCCUCAGCGGACUCCGUUGUAUACAGCCUCACAUCAGAGCAAAAUUCUUUGAGGUAUUCGACGGUUCCAUGCGACGCCGACUUCACGAUAGACUACUCUACAUCAUAUGCAGUCAGAGCUGGGAUGCAAUGGGUCCACACUACUGGAUUAAACAGUGCAUCGAAUUAGUGAUUGUUACGGCUAAUUCCACCGCUCAGGUACAAAUGUCCAAUCAAGAUAUAUUGUUGCCAAGCAUCAAUUCAUUGAUAAACCAAGUAGAUAGCGAGGAACAAAAGAGUUUUCUCAUGUACUCAUUGAUUAAGGAAGAACCACAAGAAAUGAUGGAAACAGGUGAAAUCAAAGAUGAAAUUAUGGACAUAGACUUGUCGAACAUCGAUCCCGUAACAACCCCUGAAGAAGUCACAGGUAACAAGCAAACGACUUUCACACAGCUAAUAGCUAAUCAAGCCGAAUUCCUUGAGAACUGCAAACAAAUCAAAACCGAGCAGCUGCUUCACGCCGCAGCCCAACUCUGCCACAUGGACACUAACCUCGCAGAGAGGGUUUGGCUCGAUAUAUUUCCACGACUUUGGAGUAUUUUGGACGAACACCAGCAAGCCGUUACAAUUGCCGAGAUUGUUCCAUUCCUCUGCAGCGGUAAUCACGUUAUACAAAAGGACUGCCAUCCAAGCGCGAUAGCCACUUUCCUGGAAGCCUUAUCCCAUUGCAAUCCAUCUGUACCCAUGAGGCCUUCGAUCAUGAAGUACUUGGGAAAAUCACACAAUUUGUGGCAUAGGAUAACACUGAGUCUCGAGCAGAUGGCUUUCGAGAAUGGCAACAAUCAGUCGAAAACGAAGCGUGACACUGACUGUUACGACUUCGAGCCAGACAACAGCCUACAUACUGAAGUCCUAGACUCUCUAUCGGAUAUGUACUCGCUGCUCUGUGAAGAAGACAUGUGGUCGGGAUUGUGGCAGAAGCACGCGCACUACAAGGAAACAGUACAAGCGAUUGCUCUAGAGCAGCAAGGUUUCUUCGAGCAAGCGCAAGCUGCUUACGAUUCAGCCAUGACAAGGUACAAGCAAGACUACGUAUCCACUCCAGCUCCAUUCAAAAUGCAAAGGGAAGCCUUGCUGUGGGAACAACACUGGAUAAGAUGUGCGAAAGAGCUCAACCAAUGGGACUUGCUUCUGGAAUAUGGCAAUAAGAAGUCAGAGAAGAAUCCAUUCCUUAUUUUAGAAAGCUCCUGGAGGAUUCCUAAUUGGACACAGAUGAAAGAAGCUCUGGCACAGAUCGAGCAGCAUUGUCCCAAAGAGAUGAUGUGGAAAGUGAAUUUGUACAGAGGUUUCCUGGCCAUCUGUCAUACCGAAGAGCAACAUCUCAGUGCUGUUGAACGUUACGUAGAACUAGCCUCUGGACUAUGCAUGCGCGAAUGGCGCCGCCUUCCACAUAUCGUCAGCCACAUUCACUUACCACUGUUACAAGCAGCCCAACAGAUAAUGGAACUUCAGGAGGCGAUGCAAAUUCACCAAGGCCUAUUGCAUGGUCGUAGCUCAUCAUUGCACGACAUGAAAGCCAUCGUGAAGACUUGGCGCAACAGGCUUCCUGUAAUCGCAGAUGACUUAAGUCACUGGUCGGAUAUUUUUACUUGGCGCCAACAUCAUUAUACUUUCAUAUCGUCCCAUUAUGAGGGACAAGGUGAACAGAAUACACCAAAUCACUCUAUGCUCGGUGUUCAUGCUUCAGCCCAAGCUAUAAUUCAUUUCGGUAAAAUUGCUAGGAAACAUGGCCUCAGUGGCGUAUGUCUCGAUUCAUUGUCGAGGAUUUACACUAUUCCAAGUGUGCCAAUUGUCGAUUGUUUCCAAAAGAUUAGGCAGCAAGUUAAGUGCUACUUGCAAAUGGCUUCUGUCUCUGGCAAAAAUGAAUUACAGGAAGGUCUUGAAGUAAUUGAAUCUACGAAUUUGAAAUACUUCACCAAGGAAAUGACCGCCGAAUUCUAUGCUUUGAAGGGAAUGUUACUUGCACAGAUUGGAAGAUCUGAGGAGGCAAACAAGGCAUUCUCAGCAGCUGUGCAAUUGCAUGAUACUCUCGUCAAAGCAUGGGCUCUUUGGGGUGAUUAUCUCGAGGGCAUUUUCACGCGAGAUCCAAGACAAAUUACCAUGGGUGCCUCAGCAAUCACAUGCUUCCUGCAUUCUUGUAGACAUCAAAAUGAGAGCAAGUCGAGAAAAUACUUGGCGAAAGUUUUAUGGCUAUUGACCUAUGAUGACGAAAAGUCUUCACUCUUAGAUGUGAUUGAUAAAUAUGCGGUCGGAGUACCACCCAUACAAUGGUUACCUUGGAUUCCUCAGUUAAUGAUGUGUCUUGUUAGAUAUGAGGGCAAUGUUAUACUGAACUUGCUCAGUCAAGUCGGCAGAAUGUUUCCUCAGGCGGUGUAUUUCUCAAUUCGAACAUUGUACUUAACCCUGAAGAUCGAGCAGAGAGAGAAAUUCAAGAGUAGCGAACUAGCGACUAGAGGGCUAGACACUCAACUACAAAGAUUAUCGAUGCAUCAACUUCCAAAUCCAACUAGUCAACAAACACUGGGCCAGCAAUCUCAACCGAUCCAUCAGCAAGUAAAUCAACAACAGCAAGAAAAGACAAAGGCUACUCUUCCUAUGUGGAUGUGUUCCAAGAUCAUGCAUAUUCAGAGAGAAAUACACCCUACGAUACUCUCGAGUUUAGAGGGUAUUGUUGAUCAGCUGGUCUGGUUCCGGGAAACGUGGUAUGAAGAAAUAUUAAGACAGUUACGGCAGGGUCUGGCCAAAUGUUACGCAAUAGCCUUUGAAAAUCGCAUGGCUGUCAGUGAAGCUACGAUCACACCGCAUACGCUCAACUUUGUCAAAAAACUAGUUUCAACUUUUGAAAAUAUUUCUUCUUCGCAAAAUAUAACAAACACCUUUGGAUCUGCGGGCAAUGAAUCGCUAGCACGUAGAGCCCAAGCUACAGUUCAAGAUCCUGAUUUCCAAAAAAUGAAAACCAAGUUUAUUAGUGACUUUGACUUCAGUACGCCAGGAGCGCGACUUUUACAUAACUUAAUCAACAAAUUCAAGAAAUGGAUCAAAAUACUGGAAGGAAAAACUAAACAACUGCCAAAAUCAUUCUUGAUUGAAGAAAAGUGUCGUUUCCUCAGCAACUUUACUUUGAAAACUGCCGAAGUGGAACUGCCCGGUGAAUUUCUUUUACCAAAGCAUUCCCAUUACUAUGUGAAAAUCGCGCGAUUCAUGCCGCGAGUAGAAGUAGUUCAGCGGCACAACACAGCAGCUCGUCGCUUAAGAAUUCGUGGCCACAACGGUCGUAUUUAUCCCUACCUUGUUGUUAAUGAUGCAGGAUUGGGCGAUGCAAGACGUGAAGAACGAGUACUCCAACUACUCCGCUUUCUCAAUCACUACCUCACAAAGCGAAAAGAAACGUCUCGACGAUUCUUACAUUUCACCAUACCGCGAGUUGUAGCUGUUUCACCUCAAAUGCGUUUAGUAGAAGACAAUCCAGCUUCAAUAUCAUUGUUAGACAUCUACAAACAAGGAUGUGCUAAAUUAGGAAUUGAGCACGAUGCUCCAAUAGCCAGAUAUUACGAAAGAUUAGCAACGGUUCAAGCAAGAGGUUCACAAGCUAGUCAUCAGGUGCUCAGGGAUAUUCUGACGGAAGUACAGUCCAGUAUGGUACCGAGAACUUUGCUAAAAGACUGGGCCGUCAAAACUUAUCCAGGAGCAACCGAUUACUGGACGUUCAGGAAAAUGUUUACCUUGCAACUAUCUUUGGCCUGCUUUGCUGAAUACGUGCUACAUCUGACAAGAUUGAACCCAGAUAUGAUGUAUGUUCAUCAAGAUUCGGGUUUGAUCAACAUUGCUUACUUCAAGUUUGACGUUGACGAUACAACCGGAGAGUUAGAUGCCAAUCGCCCAGUUCCCUUCAGACUGACUCCUAAUAUUUUUGAAUUCCUUACUUCUACAGGUGUGUCUGGACCACUGACAGCAAGUGCAAUCGCCAUAGCACGCUGCUUAGUCCAGCCGUCAUUCAAGAUUCACACAAUAUUGCGAGCCAUUCUUCGUGACGAAGUAAUCGCCGAUCAUAGCAAACGACAUGAGGAUUCGAGGAAUGUAUCGGAGGGAUCUACCGAGAUAAAGGCUGAGUUACUAAUAUCAAUGGUGACACGUGCUGUCAACACUAUAGUAACAAGACUGAAUUCCUUGGCUCACUUUGACGGUACAGACAGCAAAGUCAGCACCCUGGUGACGGCGGCUAACAGCCAUGAUAAUCUCUGUCGCAUGGAUCCGUCCUGGCAUCCGUGGCUGUAAAAAGCAAACGAAAAUGAUGAUUUUUUACGUUUAUUUGUACGAAGCUCUCUUCUGUGAAUCGAGAGAAGCGAUAUAACUUUUCUUUGCCUCAUUAAUUUUAAAGUGUAUAUAACGUUGGAAUGUCAUUGUUAAAAAAGAAUGUUUUUUCAAUGUAGAAUAAUGCUCAUAUUGAAAUGAUAUGCACGGGAAUUUUUACUUAUUGAUAAUAAUGAUGUUUAACGAAAAUACCUUGUAUAUAAUGUGAACGUGCUUGGACUAGUACAAACAGAACUUUUUUCAGUUUUUAGAAAUAUCACGAUUUAUUUUCAGUAUUAAGUGUGCGUAAUAUUUACUAUGAAACGUUUUUGUGUGAGGCAGACAAUUAUGCAAUAAA